AUGUGCAUAGAAGUCUACGACCGAUUCCGACGCUGCGGCCAUGCGCGCUUCUUACGAUGGGACUACUGCAGCGUCAUCAUACCAGCUGAUAGACUGCCCGACACAGGACGCGCUUGCCGCAGGUACAAACUCCGAUACAAGAAUAGCCAAGACUCCGCGAAGUGCUUCGAA